AUGAGAUUUAGUAAAGUGGUUGCAGCUGUAACAGUUGGUUUAGGACUUGUAAGUGCAGCCCCAAUUGUUGACGUGCAUGCUAGAACAGAUCUCGAGCCAACUAACUUGGAUCUUGAUGCUAUUCUUAACACAAUUCGUUCGGUGGACAUGAAAGUAAAUACACCAGAAGGAAGUGCAUCUUUAGGAAAGAGAGACGACACCACACAUCACAGUUUUGUCGAAAGACUUCUUACACAUUUUGCUGAAGCUGGUUUAAAGGAACAUUUCAUUGAAAGGGUUGCAAGAGCUCCAGAAUUCUCCUUACAUUUGACUGAAUCGUUCAAGAGGAACUUACACAACCAAAAAAUCCCACACAGAUUUGUAACCAGAGCAUUAGAUAAGGCAGAUCUCUUAGAAAGAUUCUUUGACACUGCAUUAGACGAUGAAGACUUACAGGGCUCUCUUUUGAGCCACGCUAAGAGACUCUAUGAUGAAGGCAACUUUAACUUGGAAAUGUCAGAGCCAAUGGAAAAGAGAGAUACUAAAUUUGUUGUGUCAAAGAGAGACAGUUCUAUUAUCACUUCUAUUUUAAACUACUUAUCUAGUUCCAACCUCUUGGAGACUGUUGCUACGUACAUUUCCAACAACCCUCAAAUUAUUACUACUGCUGAGCUGUUAAUUGAAUCUGCCAUCAGCAGCAUUGAUUGGUCAAGUCUUUUCACCACCAUUAAGAACUCUGGUGUUGCUCAGGAUAUUAUUAGUAGUAUUACAUCCAAGAGAGAUUUACAAGUGAAGCUUGCUGAAACUAUUAGUAAGAGAGCUAGAGCCGCUGCUCAAUCAGACCCAAGCAUUGCUCUCAUGGCAAGAGAUGCCGCCGUCUCUGCAGCACCUAAGUAUGAAUUUGUUGCAAGAGCUGCAACCGUUUCUGCUUCGAUUCCAACCUCAUUAUUUCCAGAUGGUGUUAACACUGUAACAUCUGUGGGAUCUGAUCUUCUCGGUCUUGUUGGUGAUGCUCUUGGUGGUUCAGGUUCAGAAACCGUCGCUGAAACCUCAGUAGCAACUGCUGCAGCUUCAGUUGCUACAGCAGCAGAAUCGGUUGCAACAGCAGCAGUUUCUUCUGCAGCAGUUCCACUUUACAGUGCCACUGCAUCGGCUUCUGCAGGUGUUUCUACACCUAAGACGACUUCCUCAACAUCUUCGUCUUCUUCAACCUCAGGUUCUUCCUUUUCUGAUCUUUUGGAUUCCUUAUUUGGAUCUUCCGAUUCUACCGCAUCAACGACCACUACAAAAGCUACUGCAACUGCAACUUCUGGUUCCACUUCAACUUCCACCGAAACUGGUUCCAUCCUCGAAGAUCUUUUAGAUAGCUUCCUCGGAGAUUCUAGUUCAUCCAAUUCGUCGUCAAGUACUUCAUCAUCAUCAUCAUCAUCGCUCGGUUCAACCCUUGGAUCUCUUGCUAGUUCUCUCUUAGACUCCUUAUUUGGUGACAGUACUUCAUCGAACUCUACCUCAUCAAGCAGCGGCAGCAGUUUCAGUUUCAGUUCCCUUUUAGGUGACAUCUUUGAUUCCUUGUUUGGCGAUUCUGGAUCUUCCAAUUCUACUUCAUCAGGCAGCAGUUUCAGUUUUUCAGGGCUCUUAGGAAGUAUCUUUGACUCAUUAUUCGGUGGCUCUGAUUCUUCAAAUAGUUCGUCAGGCAGCAGUUUCAGUUUUUCAGGACUCUUAGGAAGUAUCUUUGAUUCAUUGUUCGGAGACUCAGAUUCUUCUUCAUCGACUGGAACAAGUACUUCAUCUAGCAGUGGAAGUGGAUCUAGUUUGUUCAGUAUUAUUGGAGGUUUAGUAUCUUCCUUAUUCGGUGGAUCUUCUUUCUCAGACAUUUUCGAAAGUCUUGUCGAUGACAUCUUUGGAGACGGUAACUCCACUUCAGGUGGUUCAUUCUCAUUCAGUUCUCUCUUAGGUGACAUAUUUGACGAGUUAGUCAGUAGUGGUGUCCUUGAAGAAUUAUUACUUGACGGUGUUGACCUUAUCUUCGGAGCUAACUCUACUAUCGGCUCAUUUGUUGACUCAAUCAUCGAAGACAUUUUCGAUGCCUCAGCAGACGGAACUUCAAUUAUUAGUGAAAUAGUUGAUGACAUUUUCGGUGAUGGAACUUCAUCAACUUCUACCACAACUGCUGCUGCUGGAUCAGGAUCAGGAUCUACUACUUCAACUACAAAGUGCUGUUCUGCUAAGAAGUUGAAGAAGAGAAAGGCAGCUCAGAAGAAGAAGAGACAAAUGAAAGACCAAGCUGCAAAGAAGCUUAAGAGUGCUUUACUCAAGAAGAGAGAAGAGCUUAUGAUAAACCAACCUAUCCUAGUUAAUAUUUGA